CACAGCCCUCUCCGUGAUGAUAACAUGGCGCUGGCGGACACAUAACGGUGCCCGCUAUCAUAAUAAUAUCCACAAUAGCGGACCAAAAAUAAAGCAGCGGGACAUGUGAGCUCUUCGACCCCCCCCCCCGCCCCCUCAACCCGAGACAAGCAGGUGUGCCAGGGUGUUCCAGCAUGUUUGGGAAGAAGAAGAAACGGCUGGAGAUCUCCGCCCCGUCUAACUUUGAGCACCGGGUCCACACGGGCUUCGACCCGCGGGAGCAGAAGUUCACCGGGCUGCCUCAGCAAUGGCAGAGCCUCCUGGCGGACACCGCCAACCGGCCCAAACCCAUGGUGGACCCCUCCUACAUCACCCCCAUCCAGCUGGCACCAAUGAAGACCAUCGUCCGAGGGAACCGGCCGCCCAAAGACGCUUCCAUCAACGGCCUCCUGGAGGAUUUCGACAACAUCUCGGUGACGCGCUCCAACUCCCUGCGCAAGGAGAGCCCGCCGGGCCCCCACCAGGCGGGAGGCGGCUCCAAACCCUCCGGCGGCGGCGGCGGUCGCCCCAACGCCUCGGAGGAGAACGGCUUCGGCCAUUACUACUCCCGCUACUCCUGUGACCUGGACACCUCCAGCAGGGACUUUUCCCUCGACGCCGGCAAGCCCAGCUUCUCCGUGGACGGCGACUGGGCGCUCGGCCGGCACUACCGGUUCACCAAGCAGAACGGCCACUCGUACCCCGCCCGCAGCCCGUUCUACCCGGACGCCAUGCCCCAAAAAUCGGAGUACGGCAAGCUUCCCCCGGACUACCACGCCUACCUGGAGAGCAAAGGGCGCUCGGCCGACGAGGUGGCCUCCACGGUGGGGAGCGGCGUGGGCUCCAGCGGCUACUACCGGGCGUCGGUCGGCGGCUCGUCCAGCCAGGACUACCGGGACACGUCGGUGGGCACGCCGUCCCGCGCCUCGCUGCACAGCGAGCAGAUCAACUACCCGGACAGCGAGUGGAGCUACGGCGGGCUGCGCGACGAGUACGAGAAGAGGCCGAAGAGUUCCUACGUGGCGCAGACCAGCCCCACGCCGGCCAUCCGGCAGCGGUCCCGCUCGGGCUCCGGGCUGCAGGAGCCCAACGUCCCGUACGCGGCCAGCGGGUUCAAGAACCCGUCGCAGGCCCACCCGUACAGCUCCUACACCUACCCCCGCCUCUCGGAGAGCCUCGGUAACUCGCAGACCUUGACCAAGGGCGACUACGAGCGUCCCGCCCGCGACGCCGGCCCCCAGGUCACGGGGGGCGACACCUACCCCCGAGGGCCUCUCAAGCAGCCUCAGGGCCACAUCAAGCCGCCGGGCUACCCGCCGGCACACCUGCCCUACCCGCCCGUCUUCCACCACUACAAGCCGUCACCCUACCAUCACCCCCCCUCCCAGCCCAGCCCCCCGUACACCCCGCAGGGGGCCUACUCGCAGCCUUCGUCGCCCUACAUCCCCCCGGGGGCCUACCCGCCUCCUUCCUGGGGGUCCAGCUCGGACACGCAACCCUCCAGAGUCUCUCACGAGCAAUUCAGAGCCGCCCUCCAACUGGUGGUCAACCCAGGCGACCCUCGCGAGUACCUGGACAGCUUCAUCAAGAUCGGCGAGGGCUCCACGGGCAUCGUGUGCAUCGCCAGCGAGAAGCACAGUGGCAAGCAGGUGGCCGUGAAGAAGAUGGACCUCAGGAAACAGCAGAGGAGAGAGCUGCUCUUCAACGAGGUGGUGAUCAUGAGGGACUACCAUCACGAGAACGUGGUGGACAUGUACAACAGCUACCUGGUGGGAGACGAGCUGUGGGUCGUCAUGGAGUUUCUCGAGGGCGGAGCUCUCACCGACAUUGUGACUCACACCAGGAUGAACGAGGAGCAGAUCGCCACGGUGUGCCUGUCGGUGCUCAGGGCGCUGUGCUACCUGCACACGCAGGGCGUCAUCCACCGGGACAUCAAGAGCGACUCCAUCCUGCUGACCAGCGACGGCAGGAUCAAGCUGUCGGACUUCGGCUUCUGCGCCCAGGUUUCCAAAGAGGUGCCCAAGAGGAAGUCGCUCGUGGGCACACCCUACUGGAUGGCCCCGGAGGUCAUCUCCAGACUGCCUUACGGGACCGAGGUGGACAUCUGGUCUUUGGGCAUCAUGGUGAUCGAGAUGGUGGACGGGGAGCCGCCUUACUUCAACGAACCCCCUCUGCAGGCCAUGAGGAGGAUACGAGACAACCUGCCCCCCCGGCUAAAAGAGUCGCACAAGGUGUCCUCGGUGCUGCGGUCCUUCCUGGACCUGAUGCUGGUGCGGGAGCCCUCGCAGAGAGCCACUGCCCUGGAGCUCCUCCAGCACCCCUUCCUCAAGCUCUCGGGACCCCCGUCCUGCAUCGUGCCCCUCAUGAGACACUAUCGCCACCGCUGAAACAACAACAACACACACACCAGGGGGGCACUGCCCCUCACACCACUAACACUCACACCUGUAACCGUGAAGUAGAUUAGCGAGAGGAAUAAUCGAAAUAAAUUACACUUUUUAAAAAAAAGAAGAAAAAAGACACGACAAGAGAAAACAAGAAGAAAGAAAAUUCAUUUCUAAACUUUGGACCCGGAGGAUCUCACUAGUCGUCCAGUAGAAACGUGUGGGCUGGCUCGCCUCGUCCUCGUCCUCUUCCUCUUCCCAGACUGCGAGUCCUCGGCUCCGCGGUGGAGUCGCCCCGGAGGGGGGGGGGGGUGCAGCGGCGUCUCCGGACCAGAGCGGCGAAGGGCAGAAGCAAUCGGCCGCGACCUUUGACCCGGCGCCGACUGUCGAGCGGCCAAUGAGCUCUCUCGCAUCUCUCUCUUCUCACACACUAACAGUGAAAAUGUAUUUUAGAGAAACUUGUAAGUUUUUCUGUACAGUUUUGAUAAUUUGCAGUAUUUUAACCGUGUCGUAAACCAUUGUGAUAUGAGGCAGUAUUAAAUAGAGUUUCUGCAGAGAUCUUUUCCUACUGUUUAUAAUCCAGUUUUUUGCUUAAAUAUUAUAAGAGAUAUCCCAAAUAAAACUCAACCUAACUGUUACUAAAAAAAAAUUACAAAAAUACUAAAUAUAUUUAUUAUCUUACAUUUGUAGACAGAACUUCCAUUAAAUGUUGGAGAGAAGAAAAAAAAAAGGGUAAUGUCAGAAUUUUGUAUGACGUUUUAAAGUAUUUAUUUAUUUAUUGGAAUAGAAGGAUUGUUUUUUUUUGGUAGUGUGGCCUUUUUUUAUUUCUGGGGGGGGGGGGGUUCAAUUUUACAUUUCUAAAAGCGCUAUCAGUCGUUAUGUCAUCCAAGCAAUACCCCUGAUCCUAUUUAUGAAGCCCCCUGUAUUUAUGAUAAUAAAUAAUUACACGUUUAAAAUGUAGCAGAGAAAGAAGAAGAAAAAAAAUGAAAAGUUUUCUUUUAUUUUCUUUUAUUAAAUGCCGAGAGGCGCCUCCCGCACAGAUUUUUUAGGAUGCCGAUUAAAAAAAAGUCUCGUUUUUCUACUCCUCGCAUCCUUUGCCGUCACCAUCUCACUCCUUCUCCUCACCUCAGUCAGAACCACCAGAACCGGCUGUCAUCCUCAUCUCUGGUCGGACCGGGGAGAACCGUGUAAUCCUCCUCCUACACAUACUUUUUUUUUUUUACCCAUCGUUUCACUGUGAUAUGUAAAUACGACUGUGCAUACGUGGAUGUGUGUGAGUCUGUGUGUGAGCCUGUGUGUGUGUGUGUGUGAGAGAGAGGUAGAGUGUGUUUAUCUCUGUACAACAUCUGAAAGUGUGUGUGCGUGCGCAGCUUACAUCCUCGACAAUGUGUGUCGAGAUUGAAUGAGUCACACUUCUCUGUGGUGUUGGCUUGUACAGUGAUAUUGCAUGUUUGUUAUCAGUGAAGCUGAUUUCAAUUAAAAGAAGAAAGAAAAAACGCCCAUAAAAAUCA